AUGGAUUCACAGGAAAACCGUACAAAAUACGGUUUUAUAUCGUUAAUUACCAAAUUUUUUUUCAUCUUUAUCAUAAUUUGGAAUCUUACAACUUAUUGUAUAUUGGAAAAUGAUUAUAAUAAUAAUGAGAGUUACGAGAUUAAUUCAAACAAUUCGGAUAUGUUGGUAAAUCAGAAAUACUGCGGAUCAAACGAAUGUAGAUUUUUGUUCGCACAUCGAAUUCCGGAACAAGAAUCACAAGCGAAUUCCCAUUUUUAUUCAUUUAUACAAUUAGCAGAAAUGCUCAAUAGAACAAUGGUAUUGGUUAACGUACAAAAUUCUAGAAUAGGCGCUUGUUUAGAACUACCAUAUGAUUUCUAUUAUAAUGUCCAAGAAUUAAAAAAGUUAUUUCCCAAUGUGAAUUUUAUCACUCAAGAUGAUUUUCUUUCUUGGACCAAGGAACGUCAUGAAAAACCUGAUGUUGUAUUUAGAAGGAUUCAACAAGGUGGGGAACCAAAUACGAUUAUUAGUGACGUUAGUCCACAAGAAUGGGAUAACGUAAUAAACAAUCAAUGUCUUGAGGAAUUUGAUUUUAAAUAUGACGAUCAGGACGCUUCCCUUUACAAGAAACUUCUAAUCGGACCAAAGAAAUAUUGGAGAAAGUAUAAUGAAGCCAUGACAAAAUUCAUCGUUUCAAAUUUAGAACAUAUCAAUGAAGAAGCUUUAUUAAUACAUCCUUAUGAAGUCGGAGGUGCUUAUUUCCCUUCAAAAGGUAUUCAUUGGAGACAAGAGACUAUAAAUUCGAGUGUUUUACCAAAUUGCGCUGAAGGUUUAAUUAAAUAUAUUAAAGAACUUCAAUUAAAAACGGGAAUAGAGAAUAUUUAUUAUGCGACGGAUUAUCCUUUAUAUAAUGGAGGAGAGAAUGCUCAAUCAUCCACAUUUCACAUAUUAACUCGAGAACAUCAUGAGACCAUGAGAAUGUUAAAUUCUACUUUUACUUUAAAAACUUGGGUAUCAUUAAAGGCUCUAGAUGGUUUAUAUGACAUCCUCCCUCAAUUUAAAGAUUACAUCACUAAAGAAUUAAGUGGAUCCGGCUUGGCUGGGAUACUUGAUAAGUUGGUAUUGAAAAUUAUUGAUGGAAUCCGGUAA